AUGGCAUUAGUUGAUUUAGCCCUUCAUGGGUACAACUACUUUAUGACUCUUAGUACCCUUCAACAAUUUGGUUUACUUGUGUUUGCUCCUUUCAUUUACAACAUCAUUUGGCAACUACUUUAUUCACUCAGAAAAGAUCGUGUUCCAUUAGUAUUUUAUUGGAUUCCCUGGGUUGGUUCAGCCGUAUCUUAUGGACAGGAUCCAUAUGGGUUUUUUGAACAAUGUCGUGAAAAAUAUGGUGAUUUAUUUUCAUUUGUUAUGUUGGGUAGAGUAAUGACGGUGUACUUGGGUCCCAAGGGUCAUGAAUUUGUGUUUAAUGCUAAAUUGUCUGAUGUUUCUGCUGAAGACGCCUAUCAACAUUUGACUACCCCUGUUUUUGGAAAAGGUGUUAUUUUCGAUUGUCCGAAUGCAAGACUUAUGGAGCAAAAGAAGUUCGCAAAGACCGCAUUGACUACCGAUUCUUUUAGAAGAUACGUGCCAUUGAUUAGAGGGGAAAUUUUGGAUUAUUUUACCAAAUCUAAGGUGUUCAAUAUGAAGAAACAGAAAAGUGGCGUUGUUGAUGUAUUGCAAUCACAACCAGAAAUAACCAUCUUCACUGCAUCUAGAUCCUUAUUAGGAGAAGCAAUGAGGAAAAGAUUUGAUGCUUCAUUUGCUCAAUUGUAUGCUGAUUUAGAUAAAGGAUUCACCCCAAUCAAUUUUGUUUUCCCACACUUGCCAUUACCUCAUUAUUGGAAACGUGAUGCUGCGCAACAAAAGAUUUCUGAAACGUAUAUGACAGAGAUUGCUAGAAGAAGAGAGACGGGUGACAUUGAUGAAAAUCGUGAUUUAAUCGAUUCUUUAUUGGUAAACUCUACAUACAAAGAUGGUGUUAAAAUGACUGAUCAGGAAAUUGCUAACUUGUUGAUUGGUGUUUUGAUGGGAGGACAGCAUACUAGUGCCACUACAUCUGCUUGGUUUUUGUUGCAUUUGGCUGAGAAGCCACAAUUACAAGAUGAAUUGUAUCAAGAGGUUCUUAAUGCCUUAUCUGGUAAAGGUGGCAACUUGGAUGAUUUAUCGUAUGAGGAUUUGCAACAAAUGCCAUUGGUUAACAACACCAUCAAGGAAACCCUCAGAUUACACAUGCCAUUACAUUCCAUAUUCAGAAAAGUUGUUUCUCCCUUGGUUGUGCCAAACACAAAGUAUAUUGUCCCUAGAGGACACCACGUAUUGGUGUCACCAGGUUAUGCUCAUACAAACGAAAGAUUUUACAAGGACGCAUCUGAUUUCAACCCUCACAGAUGGGAUGAAUCAGCAUCCACCAAUGACGCAGGUGAAGUUGAUUAUGGAUUUGGUAAAGUUUCCAAAGGUGUUAGCUCUUCGUAUUUGCCAUUUGGUGGUGGAAGACAUAGAUGUAUUGGUGAACAGUUUGCCUAUGUCCAAUUGGGAACAAUCUUGACCACAUUUGUUUAUAAUCUUAAAUGGAAAUUGGCAAAUGGUAAAGUGCCUGAUGUUGAUUAUACUUCAAUGGUUACGUUACCUCAACACCCAGCAGAAAUUGUUUGGGAAAAAAGAGAUACAUGUGUAAUCUGA